CGUCUGUUGGGUUACUUGACUCGUAUCGGACGUGUUCCUUUGUUGCGCUGCCCGUCAAAGAGAGACUCGCCGCGGCCGUGCACUGCAAAAACAACACCACCCUGUUCCAUUGUUGCAGCACCGCCUCCAUGCAACAUCUAUUAAUUGCUCCAUCGUCGUCCCGUCAGGGCACAGAGGUUCCUCAUAACCUGCUUGUCUUCCCGUUCAUGUCGACUUGUCAUCCUUCAUCGUCGGAUCUACUGCCUUUGCAUCAUCCUGUCGGUCGGUGUCGAGGACUCCAUAGUCUGCCGUCUUGCCCUUGUCUGAUCUACACCACCUCUCCUUGAAGCUCCACCCCCAGUGUCCUCUGUCGUCAUGGAUCUUUCCUCCCUGGAGGGCCCGCCCAUCGCGGACUCUCGCUUCACCAUCCCGUCAUGGCCGCCGAACAUGGGCAUCCCCAGCAUCCAUCUCGACACCCCAACCAGCCCAGUAACUGCGGCUGGUCGUCCUCCGCGCCCAAGGUCCACGGACGGCAUCUCCAUGCACAAGUGUCUGUACUCAUACACGCCCGCAGAGGAAGAAUCCCGUCUCUGCCACCGAUGCCACUGCCUCCAAACACCAAGCGCAUCAACCCCUGUCCGUGACAGCCAACCACGCGCAUCAUCCCUCUCCCCAACCCUCAACAUCCCCCCUCCCCCUCCGCCCUCCACCCUCCCGUAUCACCCCUACCGAAGCCGAAGCGUCUCAGACCUCACCCUCCACCAACCCACCAGCCCUAUGCUGAGCACAACUACCACGACCGUCACCACGACCACCCAGACGGUGCGCACCACCACGACGCAAGAAAACCGGCUCGUGUGGCUCGAGUCCGAGAAGCUCUGGUUCAUGAAGCCCCUCCCGUCGGAUUCCAGCCCCUUGUCGCUCCUCACCCCCGACUACGAGACGGCCCCCGACCCCACCCCGAAUGCCCGGGACCGCGCGACCACCCACAGCGCCUCCGCCUCCUUCCGCGGCGAAUUCGAGCUGUCCCUGGACAUCCCCCGCCGUACGAGCGAGGAGCGGAGUGGGGGACUGCACGGAUCCAGAUGGGGGGCUGUGGCCAGGAGAAGGGCCAACCGGGCCGUGACGGGUUGA